GAUAUAUAUUUUGAAACUUUGGUAGGCUGUUGUUUGGGGUCAUUUGACCCUCCGUACAUCCUUGCCUCCACAAUCGCCACUAGGGUCGGCCAUGACAUUUCGAAAGCCUACAACUAAUUGGGAAGGAGCCCUAAUUUUUCUUUUUUGGAGUUCUACACUCGGUAUAAAGAUUUUGCUAGCGUUGGGCUAUUCUAAUUUCUAUCCUUCUCAACGUCCCUGGGGUUGAGUGGUCCAUUUCUUUUCACCCCACAAAACUAGUGCAGUAGAAGCAAAGAAAACUUAAACUUGACAACAUCAUUAAAUAUAUACUACCCUAUCCUCUCUCUCUCUCUCUCUCUCUACAAGAACAUCAUAUAACGCCAUUCUCUACCAUUUCUCACCACCACAAUGGAAGAAGAACCCCAAACCCCUCCCCUACUCCCUCCGCCUCCCGCCACCUUUCUCUCCUCCACCAUCGAUACUUCCCGCCCUUUCUCCUCCGUCAAAGAAGCUGUUGCCGUUUUCGGCCAAAAACACCUAGCUCAAGAAAUUUUCCACUCCUCCUCACCAAAUAACUAUCACAAAUCGCCAAUGUGGAAAUUCUCACCAAAAAUUAAUCCCACCAAGAAAAACGAACCCAAUGACGGAAAUGACCAAAAUACCCUUGCAUGUACUGUGAAGAAACUCGAAGCCGAGCUGGAAGCAACAAAGACAGAGCUAAAGUUACUGAAGGAGAGAGAGGAGGACACGGAGGUGGCGGUGGCUUCCCUCAAUGCGGAGCUCCACAAGAACAUGUCAAAGAUAGCCAAAGCAGAAGCGGCUGCAGCAGCAAAAGCGGCGAUGGUUGCGAGGACAGAGAGUAUAAGAGAGAGGGAGAGGAGGAUGGAGGAGGAGUACUUACCAACUAUGGCUCAGAUUUUGGGUGGUGGUGAAGAGGGGAAAGGGUUGUUUGGAGAGACAGAGAAGGAAAGGGGAGGAGAGAAGGUGGUGAACAAGAAGCAGCAGCCUAUUGUUCCUCUUGUGUGGAAGUUGUUUUCAAGGACAAAAGGGUCAUCCACUCCCAGUCCUGAUAGCUCUCCCUUUUCAUCUACCCAUGGGUUUUUUAAUUGAGGUCCCCUGGCCUUGGGUUUCUCUUAAAUUCCUUUUCUCUUUUUUCUUUUUCGGAAUUUUUUUAAGUGUGAAGUCUUGGAAAAAAGUUCCAUUUUAUCAAUUGGUAUUGAAUGGUAAAUUUUGGAUUUUGUUA